CGACAACGUUUGCUUUCGCUCACUCCCAAACAAGUUUUCACAUCGCUUUACUGCAUUCUGUAGCCCAAUGAUUUGAUGAAAUAAAACGAUGCAAAAACUGAAGUGUUCGGAAAUACGCGAAAAUGAAAGUUCCUCUUAUAUUUACCCAUCCAAGGGUUAUCCAAGGGUUAUUAAAAUUAAAAUGGCUUUGUUGACUACAAAACCUACACUGUGCCCGCUGCUUUGCUUGUUCCUGAUAUUCCAGAAUAAUAUCAGCCCAUGUCCGGUACAGCAAGGAUUUAGUGGUGAAUUCAUUAUACAACAGUUGAACGAAGGUAUCCAAAACGGGCGAAACGGCAUAAUCCCGCUAAAAUUACAGGAACCCUCCCAGACCAUGAAAACAUUAACGAAAUCACUGUCAAGCGAAAACAUAAUAAGAGCGGCAGAAGGAGAAACAGUGCAGCUUCGCUGUAACGGCAGCAACACAUCGACUCCCUGGAACGGUGAAGAUUCUCCGUCGCAGUUAUGGUUGAACGGCAGACCAAUCAAUUUUACUUUCGCUGAUAUAGUUCGACCAUUCGGAAGCAAACUCGCUCGAUGCAGCUGUCAUGGCAAUGUCAGUGAUUCUACCAUUCUCGUUUCUAGUGAAGUUGUAUUAAGCGAUAUGAAUCCGCUUACGAGAUCCUUGACAGUUGACCUGAUUGAGCUCACUCAUAUGCAUGCCGGAAAGUAUGAAUGUGUCCAGCAUAAUGGCAGCCAGUUUGUGGUCACCCAGACGUUUUUAGUCAGUCCGCAACUAAUUCCUUCGCAGGUUUUUAAGCCGCCAAUGCGCAACGUCACCGCGAAAGUUGGUGACGUUGUGCAGCUAGCCUGUGUCGUCCAGUUCCGAGCACUUGUGGGACGCUUAGGAAAACGCUUUAUUUGGAGAAGCGAAGACCACGUCAUAUAUGCCCCAGGAAUCACUCAGGCCCGGUUUAUCCCUGAAGGUUAAAUCAAAGGUGUCUGUGUGGACAGAAACUGAUGGGAUUUGCGACUGUAAUUCGACUUUGACCAUCUAUGACGUCAGAACAUAUCAUUCCGGCAGUUAUCAGUGUGUUGGUUCAAGAUCGAUGACAUUUUGCAAGAGUGGAUCAUGCAAGAGGCGUAUCUCACCGUGAUUCGUUAAAGUGAUGCUGCGUUUACAGCACAGUGAUAAUGCCAGCAGCACACGGUACAUGAUAUUAAGUUUUCAUAAAUUUUGCGUUGAAGUGAAAUUGUUGAAGAAAAUAAUUCUGUGUCACUGUGCAACCUGCUAUGUGCUGUUUCAUGACGGAAAUGUGUUCUUAGAAUAUUUUGGUUUCGCAAUGCUGUGAUGAAGUUUAUGCAUGGAGCACUCUAGUUUCAUGUUGCUCUGCUGGGUUUUAAAAUUGUUAUCAAG